UUCGCUGUCCUCGUUCUCCUUGAUAUCCUGACGAACACCGCCGACCAUGUUUGCCUCUCGUUCGCUUCAGAGCUCUCGCGUCGCCGUCUCUCAGCUGAACCUCAUCAGGGCGGCGGGCCUCGGUCGACAAUGCGCCGCGGUUGCAGUUAUCCCUCGGUCAAAGUUCACCACCACACCCGCCCCGCGCCGUGCCGUUGACGUCAACGACCCAGAUGCAGCUAAACCUACGUUGGAGGUGGAUGCCUAUGCAAAGUCUGAGCGUCUAGGACGUCCCAGCUCGCCGCACUUCACUAUCUACCAAAUUCAGCAGCAGAUGUACAUGUCUUUGACUCACCGUAUCACUGGCGUUGGGUUGGGAGCCUUGUUUUAUUUGGGCGGUAUCUGGUACGCCGUUUCUCCCUACUCCUCUGCUGAAGUCGUCAACCUUGUCCACUCUUUGCCUCCCUCUGUGAUCUUUGCGGGCAAGUUCACCCUCGCCCUUCCCAUGGUAUACCACUCGUUGACUGGUGUGCGACACCUGAUUUGGGAUACGGGACGAAUGCUUACUGUGAAGAACGUGUACAAUUCUGGUUAUGCAAUCAUGGCGGCAAGUGCCUUGGGAGCAGCUUAUCUUGCAAUCCAAUAGUGCAAAAGUGUGGGCACGUUGAAAUGUACAUGUUUACAUUAAUUUCUAUAUCAUACCCACACAUUAUACUUUGCUAUGAACUAACCAAUCUUCACUAGCUAGUGUCUAAACACUGGAUUUAACUGCGCAGAAGUUGUGCAACCUGAUGAAUUUUCUCCAUCACUUGCGGGAAAACCGCCCC